AUGAAAAGCCUCGCAUCCGUACAGAAUCAAAAGGGAGUUUCAUCUUUGAAGAAACCUUACUUUUUAUUAAAGAGAAAACGAGAACCUUGCGAGGAAAGAAACCAAAUGUUCAACAGUGUUGAUAACCAAGGACACGAGGAUGUCUAUUGUAGCUCUGAAGAUGAGAUGCAAGAAGAGCCUGUUUAUGGUACUACGUCGGAUACUUCUGAGUGCGAAGUGGACUCCCAAUGCGAAGAUGUCUCCUCUAGCGAUGAAGAAUCUAGAUCUCUCUCCAAAGAAUUGUUAUUUAAGGUUCGUGAAAGUAAAAAACGCAUGUCGUCCUUCGUAGAGGAGCUACAGGAAAGAAUUACAAGCGGGCAACUUGCAGAACAAUCCAAGAGUUAUAUCCGAAUGAUGAAAAAAGAAUCAGGUCAACUGAAGAAGGACGAAACCAAUUCUCGAAGGAAGAAUGAGGUCAACCCUUUCAAAAUCUCAACAAAAAAGACGCACACCUCUACUCGAGUUGAGAAGGAAGAUGUUUCCAAGAAGGGGUCCACUCAUCUAGAGUCUACCCUCUCCCACAUCGGCAAGACACUCUCAACCCUUGUGGCGGAACUGAAACAAUUAAGAAAUCAACUUCAGGAAUGA